CGUGUUGAAAUCUUAUUUUGAGAGUUACGAAAUCCUCCAAAUUCGUGAUUAAAAAAUCAAUCGUUCACGGCUUGGGCUGUGUGUGUGGCAGGCAUUGGAUUGGAUGACUGGCGGCUGGGUGAUGAUAGAAGCCAACAGAAAAGCGAGGGGAGAUACCGGUCGACUGCCGGCCUUUUCCCGUCAUCCGGACGCGAUUGUAACACGGCGACUCCUAUGCUGUUUUACGAAAGUUUAUUUAUUCUGUACGGUAAUGGUACAUAUUGCACUUGUCAGCUCUAAAGUAUCGGAUGUAUCAGCAGAUCAAACAAAGCUCAGAAAUCCCGUGUCCCUGUAUGCUUGCUCAGAGUGCAUUGAUAGAAAGAUGCUAAGUAGUACAGGAUCUGAGGCUCAUCCAGAUGAUAAGGUUAUUGACAUAAUUGUAACAUAUAGUGAUGCUCUUGGUGCUGUUAGAGCCACUCGUGUGAAGUCUGAGAACCUUUCCAAGUUUUGGGUCUGGAAAAGUCCCACUGAGGUGAAUAUUGAUGGAAACGAGAGUUCUAAGGGAUCGGAGGAUCCACUUCAACUUGGGACUAAUUCUAAGUAUAGUAAUCAUCAUACUAAAGAAGAUGUGAGCCAGUGUGCUGAUAUUAUGCCACAUCAGCAACCAUAUAUGGUGCAUCCAAUGAAACUCAAGCGCAAGUUAACACGGCAGAGAAGAAGGGAACAACGGGCUGCAGAUCUAAUUCGGCAGGACAAAGAAUCAGACAACCAAAUGCAAAAUGCUGCCAUUGAACGAACCCAAAAGCUGGAUACAACAAUUAAUGGUAAAUUCAAUAUACGGAGGAAAGAAUAUGAAAAUCCCAACUCUGGCUCUAUCCUGAAACUUAUGCGUGACCAGAUCAUAAUGGCAAGAGCUUAUGCAACCAUUGCAAAAGCAAAAAAGAGUAAUAGUUCUUUGUAUGACUCGUUAAUGAAACAUUCUAGAGACAGUCAGUUAGCAAUUGGAGACGCUUCCUCUGAUGCUGAACUGCUGCCAAGUGCAUUAGAACGAGCAAAAGAAAUGGGCCACACACUCUCCACUGCGAAAGACCAAUUACAUGAUUGCAUCAGUUUAGCUAGGAAAUUAAGGGUGAUGCUUCAAUCUAGUGAAACAAGUGUAAAUCAGUUGAAGAAAAAAAGUGCAUUCUUGAUACAGCUAGCUGCUAAAACUGUCCCCAGGCCAUUGCACUGCCUUGCGUUGCUUCUAACAAUGGACUAUCAUCUUCGUGGUUAUGAAGGCAUAGAAUUUUCUAAUAAGGAAAAACUUGAAAAUCCAUUACUUUACCAUUAUGCCAUCUUUUCUGAUAAUGUACUUGCAACAUCUGUCGUAAUAAACUCAACAGUGCUUCACACAAAGGAGCCCGAAAUGCACGUUUUCCAUGUGGUAACAGAUAAACUGAACUUUGCAGCUAUGAAAAUGUGGUUCAUUGCCAAUCCUCCUGCAGGUUCAACAGUUCAGGUUGAGAGUAUAGACAAUUUCACGUGGCUUAAUACAUCUUACUGCCCCGUUUUACGUCAGCUUGAAUCUGCAAGAAUGAUAGAGUAUUACUUCAAGGCGCACCACACUGCUUCCCUCUCUUCUGGGACUGACAAUCUGAAGUACAGAAACCCUAAAUAUUUGUCGAUGCUGAAUCAUCUGCGGUUUUACCUCCCUGAAAUUUAUCCAAAGUUGAAUAAGAUCUUGUUUCUUGAUGACGAUAUUGUUGUUCAAAAGGAUUUGACCCCACUCUGGUCUAUAAAUUUAGGAGGUAUGGUUAAUGGUGCUGUAGAGACAUGCAAGGAGAGCUUCCAUAGGUUUGAUAAAUAUCUGAACUUCUCAAACCCAAAGAUCUCUGAGAAUUUUGAUCCGAAUGCUUGUGGAUGGGCUUUUGGCAUGAAUUUGUUUGAUUUGAUGGAGUGGAGAAGGCGGAACAUCACAGGAAUAUACCAUCGUUGGCAAGACAUGCUUAAGCUGGGACAGAGGCAAUACAUGACAGAAAUGGGAUGAAGAUGCAAAAAAGGUGAGCCAAGUUAAGGAGACAAAAAGAAAAAUGAAUUUGGUUGAUGAAAACUAAACAAGGGCAGCCUAAUGCACAUCAGCAUAUCUGCAAUGCGAAGGUCCAGGCAGCAUGUUACCACACGGGUGUAUUUGGGACAAUUUUCCCUUAUCAUUUUGAAUGAGGAGCGAACGCUUUGGAAACUCGGGACAUUGCCUCCUGGGCUGAUCACUUUUUAUAACAUGACUCAUCCACUGGACCGGAAGUGGCACGUGUUGGGGCUUGGCUAUGAUCCGGCGCUUAACAAAACCGAGAUUGAGAAUGCGGCUGUUGUCCACUACAAUGGAAAUUAUAAACCCUGGCUGGAUCUAGCCAUCACCAAGUACAGAACUUACUGGUCUAGGCAUGUCAUAAACAGCAAUCCGUACCUUAAAAUCUGCAAUAUCAAUGAGCGGUAGAAUAGAGAAAAUAAAACUACUAAGUGCCCCCAUCCCCCAUUUAUUUAGAUAUGAUAAGUCUCUUCAUUUCAGAUUCACAGUUUACACUUUACAUCGGGAAAUCAGAAAUGCUAGUGUUUAUUUCAACUUGUAUGCUGAAAUGCCCCAUAAGCCAGAGGGGGAGAUUUGUACAACCGUCUUUCACAGUUGAAUAGGAUAAAUCAUUUUUCUAAGUGUUCUCAAGGGUUUUAAUGUCAAGAUGGAAGCCUCGCAAUUA